ACAUAGCUGUAUUCCUCUUCCAACAAAACACCAGAGGUGGUUUUCUGCCAUCUAUUGCAGUGGAGUUGUUCAAAAGGAACACGUGUUGUUGAGGUUGGUGCGUUCUCUUAGCUUUGUGCUAAGUUGACUGGACGGUAGGAUAGAUGGACUCUCUUCCUAAUCAUUACGAUGACAGCAUCUCAGCUGCAAGCACAUCUGAUGUCCAAGACCGACUUUCAGCCUUAGAGCUGAGAGUACAACAACAAGAAGAUGAAAUCACUGUCCUAAAAGCAGCGUUGGCUGAUGUGCUAAGGCGCCUUGCUAUCUCUGAAGACCAUGUAGCUUCUGUGAGAAAAUCAGCUCCAAGUAAAGGUCAGCCAAGCCUCCGAGAAGCUAUCUCGAUGUCCUGUAUAACCAAUGGGAGUACAGGAAGCAGGAAAACAAGCCACAGUUCCUCUGUAUCUGUUGCCAGAAAAGAAACUUUUUCAUCUGCUGCAAAAAGCGGUACAGAAAAAAAGAAGGAAAAACCUCCUGGACAGAAAGAAAAAAAAGAGGAAUCUCAUUCUAAUGAUCAAAGUCCACAAAAUCAAGCAUCACCUUCUCCCCAGCCGCCCUCACAGACUCUCCAAACACACAGGCAAACUCCAGAAAGCAAGAGUUCUGCUCCAACUAAAAGCAUAAAGAGAUCGUUGACUGCUGAAAAACCUCACGGUGCUUGGGAGAGCUCGGAUGACAGUCGUAACAAGCUACUGAGAGUGGCAUCAACAUCUAAAUUAAUAUCGAAAGUGGCAAAGAAUGCAGACAAGCACAAAGAUGUCAUCAUCAGCCAAGCAAAAAUGUCAACUCGUGAAAAAAACAGCCAAGAUGGAGAAUAUAUCAAGAUGUUCAUGCGGGGUCGACCAAUUACAAUGUUCAUUCCUUCUGAUGUAGAAAACUAUGAUGAUAUUAGGACUGAGCUGCCUCCUGAAAAGUUAAAACUGGAGUGGGUAUAUGGGUAUCGUGGAAGAGAUUGUAGAGCCAAUGUUUACCUUCUUCCUACCGGAGAAAUUGUAUAUUUCAUAGCAUCAGUUGUGGUACUAUUUAAUUAUGAGGAGAGAACUCAACGACACUACCUGGGUCACACGGACUGCGUUAAAUGUCUUGCAGUUCAUCCAGACAAAAUUAGAAUUGCAACAGGACAGUUAGCUGGAGUGGAUAAAGAUGGAAGGCCCUUGCAGCCCCAUGUUAGAGUGUGGGACUCGGUGAGCCUGGCGACACACCAGGUUAUCGGCCUGGGGACUUUCGAGCGUGGAGUUGGGUGCUUGGAUUUUUCAAAAGCGGAUUCUGGUACUCAUUUGUGUGUAAUUGAUGACUCUAAUGAACAUAUGCUCACUGUAUGGGAUUGGCAGAAAAAAUCAAAAGUAGCAGAAAUAAAGACUACAAAUGAAGUUGUGCUUGCUGUAGAAUUCCAUCCAACUGAUGCAAAUACCAUAAUAACAUGUGGCAAAUCUCAUAUAUUUUUUUGGACUUGGAGUGGCAAUUCAUUAUCAAGGAAGCAAGGGAUAUUUGGGAAAUAUGAAAAGCCCAAAUUUGUUCAGUGUUUGGCUUUUUUGGGAAAUGGUGAUGUGCUCACUGGAGACUCAGGUGGGAUAAUACUUAUAUGGGGCAAAACUACUGUAGAAUCUACUCCAGGAAAAGGACCUAAAGGAGUAUAUCAGAUAAGCAGACAAAUCAAAGCUCACGAUGGCAGUGUAUUUACCCUCUGUCAAAUGAGGAACGGGAUGCUGCUAACAGGAGGUGGGAAAGACCGAAAGAUCAUUCUGUGGGAUCAUGACUUGAAUCCCGAAAGGGAAAUUGAGGUUCCUGAUCAGUAUGGAACAAUUAGGGCAGUAGCAGAAGGAAAAGCAGAUCAAUUUUUAGUGGGUACUUCACGAAACUUUGUUUUACGUGGAACAUUUAAUGAUGGUUUCCUAGUAGAAGUACAGGGACAUACAGAUGAACUCUGGGGACUGGCAUCACAUCCUUUCAAAGACUUAUUUUUAACGUGUGCUCAAGAUAGGCAAGUUUGUAUGUGGAACUCUGUGGACCACACACUGGAAUGGACCAGGCUGCUAGAUGAACCGGGGCACUGUGCCGACUUCCAUCCCAGCGGAGCAGUGGUUGCGAUAGGAACGCACUCAGGACGGUGGUUUGUCCUGGAUGCAGAAACAAGGGAUCUGGUCUCAAUACACACUGAUGGCAACGAGCAGCUCUCAGUGAUGCGCUAUUCAGUAGAUGGCACCUUACUUGCAGUUGGAUCCCAUGACAACUUUAUUUACCUCUACAUAGUAACAGAAAAUGGAAGAAAGUAUAGCAGACAUGGAAAAUGCACUGGACAUUCCAGCUAUAUUACACACCUUGAUUGGUCCCCAGACAACAAGUAUAUAAUGUCAAACUCAGGAGACUAUGAAAUACUAUACUGGGACAUUCCAAGUGGCUGCAAGUUAAUCAGGAAUCGUUCUGACUGUAAGGAUAUAGAUUGGACGACAUACACUUGUGUGCUAGGCUUUCAAGUGUUUGGAGUAUGGCCUGAAGGAUCAGAUGGGACAGACAUAAAUGCUCUUGUCAGAUCCCAUAAUCGAAAAGUGAUUGCUGUUGCUGAUGAUUUUUGUAAGGUCCAUCUCUUUCAGUAUCCCUGUUCCAAGCCAAAGGCUCCGAGUCACAAAUACAGUGCUCACAGUAGUCAUGUGACAAACGUCAGCUUUACCCACAGUGAUAGUCACUUGAUCUCAACUGGAGGGAAAGACACAAGUAUUAUCCAAUGGAAACUUGUGGAGAAGGUAACUCUACCACAAAAUGACAUUGUUGUAGACAUCGGUGCAACCAAAGUGCCCGUCCCUGCCAGUGAGAAUGCUGUACAGUCUCCUGCUCCCCUCCCGCAGCCUUUUAACGAAAUGAACCAAACUGAAAGUGUAACUGGCAGCUCUCCAGCCUCCCUGGAGAGCAACUUGGAGCAGUCCGCGGAGGCCAGUGAGGAACAGAGUGAGGAGCAAAGUGAUGGGAGCAGCCUGGACCCCGCUGAGCCAGGCUACGAGGAGCCCUCCAAUGAGACGAGUGAGGAGCACAGCGAGUCCACGGUCACUGAGGAGCAGCAGGAGAACUCGCCAGAGUCAUAAUGCUCCCAGCUCAGAUGGUUGUUAUUGUCCCUUGGUGUGCGUGCUUUCAUUACAGGGUGAGGGUUCAAAUAGGCAAAAGUAGCUGAGAUUCAUGACCACUCCAGCUUUUUGAGUUUUGGUGAGAUUUUUAGUCUGAGCUUCAGUUCAAUAUGUGGAACCAUCCCAAGGGUCUGGCUUCGGUGGUUUGCAUCAAGAUCUGGUCAAAGUUAGUAGUGGACAUUAUCAUAGAUCCAUUGUAGUUCUGAAAUUGCUGUUAGGAAGUGGCAUGAGAUAUAUACUGGAAAAAAAGGUUAGCUCUGAGAAUUAGCUGAGAUAGACCACCUUACCUAUGUGAAAGGGCUUUCUGAAAGAGCUAAGCUGAUGGGAAGCACUGAGCAAUUCCAGCUGAGGAGUUACUGUGCUGCUUUUUCUAGGUGCGAAGACAAACAAAAACCAAAAAUCUCUUGGUAGGGCUGUUUUCCUUUGUUUUUUCUUACUGAGAAAAAUAGAGGAAAAACAAUGUAAUGAUGCCACGUGUAUGGCAAUGCCUUUUUGAUCUAACACAUAUGCAAUUUUCUAACACUACUAAUUCCUAGUGGAGUCUAGACAUGCUCACAGUUGGUCUGCCCUGGGUGCUGCUAGUUCUAAGGCAAAUCCUAUUGAGGAAUGGUGUCAGCUGUUCCAUUUUUAUAGGCUACUUAAUAACAGACUAACCAAAUACUGGUGUGUUUCACUUUUCAUGACCUGAAAGUUGAUUCAAUUGUCUCUUCAAAGAAUUGCUUGCCUAGAGAGUCUUUACAGUGACUUCAAUGUGAAUGGCAAGAAUGCGUGACAAGAACACAAGUCAGAUGGGCUCCAGAGUUAAGUUUUAAGCCUUCAAGCAGAACUUGCUCCAUCCGUAGUAAGAGAAAAAUACAGUUAACUUAAAUUAUUAAAUUGGUGCUUGGGAUUAGUAUAUUAAGUUGGUAAUUUUUUUCUUAACUUUUAGAGGUAACUCUAGGAAUCAUUAAACUGCAAUCUUUCUUUUCUUUUUUUUUUUUUUUUAACUCCAGUUCCUUUUGCAAUGGUGAUAGAAGCAUACAGCAAUUUAGAUGAUGUGAUAUUUUUUGUUUUUGUUUUCAGACUUGCUGGUAUAUUUUUGUGACUUUGUUUUUUCCCACCCCUACUUUCCCACCACCUCUCUCUUCCCAGGUUGCUCUAAGCCAUGCAGCUCUCAUGUGGCUAUACCUGGCCAGUUACGGGAUAUCUUGGCAUUUGUUAUGCAUUUGGAAAGUAAUUUUUUUUUUUUUAAUUGAAGUUUGUCAGAUGGCUACAAUUUUUUCUUAAGUGCAUACGUUUCCUACUUUAAAAAGAUAUAGUUUUACUGACAGAUAUCCAUUUCCUAUGUACUUGUUUAUAUUUUGAUUACAUAUAAUUUUCUUUUUUAACUUGCUGCAUUGUGCUGGUAUUUUAGUUCUUAGUUAGAAUAUCAUGUUUAGAUACUUUGGAUGAGUUCAUAAGUCUUAAUUGUGCAAGCGUUUACGUGAUUGUGCCAUUCCAAAGUGCAUCAAAACUGUCAUUCCCUUACUAGUAUCUUCUCAGGAGAAAUGCUACAGAUCAGGUAUUUAGUCAUCAUUUGGAAAGAUAAAAAAUAAAUGGACUCCCAAAGGACAUUUAGAACAUUUAUAUAUAAAAUAUAUAAAUAUAUAUAUACACACACAUAUAUAUAUAUUAAAAAAUAUAUCCUCUUGUUUACAACAGUUCCAGAAAACCUCAAAGUAAUUCCCUUCGGAUGGAGGGAGAAAUGGAUUCCAAGCAACCCAUCUGUUUAAACUGUGCUCUGUACAUAGUGUUUUACUGGAGAGCUCUGGUUUGCCUGACUUGCAGAUUUGUCAAAUAGCAGCAACGGAAGAUAAAGAUCAGCUUAUCAGACUGUAUGGUUCCAAAGGAGGAGUAUGCCAUUGGUUUAGAAAACAAUCCUAGUAAAGGAAAAAGGAUUUUAGAGCUAAUGAGGCACAGAGCUCUCUGUCAUUUUUAUGAACUCCACGUAAGCAACACAUUUCAUUUGGAACAUCUGUCACCUGGGGUUGCCAUGUAAAGUGAGAGUUAUAUAGUUGUGAUAUUCUUGUGUUUGUAGUUCAGAAGACUCUACUAAUAUGCAAAAAGCCUUACAGCUUUCAAUUGCUGGCAACUACUGUUUAACAAAUAAUUAAAUCUGUGAUAAUGGAUGGAAAUGGGUGGGAUUAUGUAACAGUAGAUGUUUUAGAAAAAUAAUUGUGAAUGAAUUAAGAGUGUUUCAUGUGAAGAUGUUUGAGCCAUUUCUAUCUAUCAUGCAUUCCUGUCUGAAGGCAGAAAAUUUUGAAGAUUAAAAAAAAUAAAGUAAUCAAAAGAAUA